GCCGGGCGCGUGGGCGCCUGCGCGCAGCUGCACGUGUGUCCCCGGGGUGUCGGGGCUGCGCGUGGCGCCCAGCUCCUCCAGCCUUAACCCUCGCCUGCCCAGGCCGGGGCCAGGCCGGGGCCGGAGGGAGGAUGCUGCGCCCGGGGAUCCCCGGGGAUGGGGGCACCCAGGGGUCCGUGCACCCCCCAGAUCGCAUUGCACCCUACCCCGCAGCCAGCCUGGCCCCGUGCAUGGGGGGGCGAGCGGCGCCGUGUCCCCACACUCCCCGGGAACGGCUCCGCCGGACGCAUUGAGUCAUCCUUGGCCCAGCCGCCGGGCCGGCUGCGCGGCCCCAUCCGCCCUCCCCUCUUUGCAGCGCUGGCGCCUGGAGCCCCUCACCCCUCGCCCGGCACCCGCUGCCCGCCAUGCCCCCGACCCUGCUGCUCCUCGCGUGGCUCCUGGGACUCCGCGGAGCAGGGACAUUCACGGUGCGGCUGGCCGGGGGCCCCAGCCGGUGCGCGGGGCGCGUGGAGGUGCGGCACGAGGGCCGCUGGGGCACUGUGUGCGACGACGACUGGGAGCUGCCGGAUGCCGCCGUGGUGUGCCGGGAGCUGGGCUGCGGCACGGCCCUCUCCGCCCCGACGGGCGCCUGGUUCGGGGAGGGCUCGGGCCCCAUCUGGCUCAACGGGCUGCGGUGCCGGGGCACCGAGGAGCGCCUCGAGCUGUGCCGGCACCGCGGCUGGCGCAAGCACGUCUGCGCCCACGAGGAAGAUGCCAGCGCCGUGUGCUCAGCUCACCCCUUCCAGCCCCUCAGCACUGCAGAGCCCUCCUUGCCCCCGACGCCAUGUCGCGGCCACGUGCCAACCGCUGCCAUCCCCGCUCCGGGCUUCGUCACUCCGCCGCCGGGUGGCACGGCGGUGCGGCUGGCCGGGGGCACCAGCCGGUGCGCGGGGCGCGUGGAGGUGUGGCACGAGGGCCGCUGGGGCACCGUGUGCGACGACGACUGGGGGCUGCCGGACGGGGCCGUGGUGUGCCGGGAGCUGGGCUGCGGCACGGCGCUGGAGGCCCCCCGCGGCGCCCACUUUGGCCCCGGCACCGGGCCCAUCUGGCUGGACGACAUGGGCUGCAGCGGGGAGGAGACGACGCUGGGACAGUGCCGGGCACGGCCCUGGGGCCAGAACAACUGCAAUCACGAGGAGGACGCCAGCGUGGUGUGCACAGGCGGCCCCAUGCUGAGGCUGAUGGGUGCCGAGGGCCGCUGCGCUGGUCGGCUGGAGGUCUUCCACGAGGGCCUCUGGGGCACCGUGUGCGACGACAUGUGGGGGCUGCCGGAUGCAGCCGUAGUGUGCCGGGAGCUGGGCUGCGGGGCGCCGCUCUCAGCGCCCGGAGCGGCCUUUUUUGGUGAGGGCUCCGGCCCCAUCUGGCUGGACAACGUGCGGUGCCGAGGGAACGAGUCAGCCUUGCUGCAGUGCCCGGCUGCCCCGUGGGGCAUCACCGACUGCCAGCACCGCGAGGACGCGGCGGUGGUCUGCGCAGACGAGCUGAAGGCCCUGGACGUACGGCCUGCAGAGCCCACACCCCACCAGCCACCGAUAAAGCCGCCGUGGAUCCCAUCCUCAGCUGUGCCACGCAAGAAGACACAGGUCCACGUCCCUGGCUCUUCCAAGACAGCCGUGAUCAGCUCUUCCAAGACAGCCGUGGCAGGGACAGCCCGGAAGGGGCCAGUCCAGCUCCGUCUGGCUGGGGGUCCCGGGCGAUGCGCGGGGCGCGUGGAGGUGCUGCACGCCGGGCGCUGGGGGACCGUGUGUGAUGACGGCUGGAACCUGGCGGCCGCCACAGUCGUCUGCCGGGAGCUAGGAUGUGGGGCAGCCCUGGAGAGCCCUGGCAGGGCCCAGUAUGGCCCGGGCACUGGUCCCAUCUGGCUGGACGAGGUGAACUGCGUGGGGACGGAGCCUGCACUGCGGCGGUGCCCGGCGGAGCCCUGGGGCAGGCACAACUGCAACCACCACGAGGACGCGGCUGCGGUGUGUGAAGGGCAAAGGGUCCUGCCGUCAGCACUGGGGACCCCACCGCCAACCAGCAGCACCCUGAGCACCCAGCGCCCUGCAGGACAGGGUCCGUCCAGCACCACUCUGCGCACCCAGCAGCCAGCAGGAUGGGAUGCAACUGGUACCACCCCGAGUGCCCAGCACCCUGCAGGACGGGAUCAGGUUGGCACCACCCAGGGAAAAGGCAGGCGGGAUCCAGUCAGUAUCAUCAGGAUCACACGACUCAAAGCAGAACAGGAUCCAGCUGGUGUCAUCCAGAGCACCAAGCCCAAGUCAGGACGGGAUCCAGGUGGCACCACCAGGUCCAAAGCAGGAUGGGAUCCAGCUGGCACCAACAGGUCCAAAGCAGGACGGGAUCCAGCUGGUGCCACCAGGUCCAAAGCAGGAUGGGCUCCAGCUGGCACCAACAGGUCCAAGGCAGGACAGGAUCCAGUAGGCACCAUCCACAUCAGCCGGCCCAAAGCAGGGCGGUAUCCAGUUGGUGUCAUACGGAUCACCCGGCCUAAAGCAAGGCAGAAUGCAACAGGUGCCAUCCAGACCACCAGGAGCCCAUCAGGACAGGGUUUGGGUCGGACCACACAGAGCUCUAAGCCCAAAACAGGACAGGAUUCAGUUGGUGCAACCCAGAGCACCCAGCACCCAACAGGACAGGAUCCCAUUGAUGCCACCCAAAAUAUUAAGCCCAAAGCAGGGCGGGAUCCAGUUGGUGUCAUACGGAUCACCCGGCCUAAAGCAAGGCAGAAUGCAACAGGUGCCAUCCAGACCACCAGGAGCCCAUCAGGACAGGGUCUGGGUCGGACCACACAGAGCUCUAAGCCCAAAACAGGACAGGAUUCAGUUGGUGCAAUCCAGAGCACCCAGCACCCAACAGGACAGGAUCCCGUUGAUGCCACCCAAAAUAUUAAGCCCAAAGCAGGGCGGGAUCCAGUUGGUGUCAUACGGAUCACCCGGCCUAAAGCAAGGCAGAAUGCAGCAGGUGCCAUUCAGACCACCAGGAGCCCAUCAGGACAGGGUUUGGGUCGGACCACACAGAGCUCUAAGCCCAAAACAGGACAGGAUUCAGUUGGUGCAAUCCAGAGCACCCAGCACCCAACAGGACAGGAUCCCAUUGAUGCCACCCAAAAUAUUAAGCCCAAAGCAGGACGGGAUCCAGUUGGUGUCAUAUGGAUCACCCGGCCUAAAGCAAGGCAGAAUGCAGCAGGUGCCGUCCAGACCACCAGGAGCCCAUCAGGACAGGGUUUGGGUCGGACCACACAGAGCUCUAAGCCCAAAACAGGACAGGAUUCAGUUGGUGCAACCCAGAGCACCCAGCACCCAACAGAACAGGAUCCCGUUGAUGCCACCCAAAACAUUAAGCCCAAAGCAGGACGGGAUCCAGUUGGUACCACUGAGAGCACCUGGCACCCAACAGGACAGGAUCUUGUUGGUACCACCCAACCCCAACCAGGGCAGGAUCUUGCAGUUGCCAUACAAAUCACUCAGCAUCCAUCAGGACAGGAUCCCACUGGUACCACCCAACCCAAAGCAGAGCAGGAUCUGGCUGGUACCACAACAAGCACCAGGCCCAGAGCUGGACAGGACUCAGCCCACACCGUGUUGCUUCCAGCAGGACUGGGUCCAGCUGAAACUGGGGGCAUCCAGCCCCUCCCUGAAUGGGAUGUAGGCACUAUUCCAUGGAGUAACCAGAACUUAGCAGAACUAGGUCCAGAUGAUGCCACACAGAGCACCCGUCCUUCAGUAGUACCGGAUCCAGACUCAGUAGUACCAGGUCCACACGAUAUCAUGCAGAGCACACCUCCUGCAGUAGAACUGGGUCCAGAUGAUAACACAUGGAGCACACAUCCUUCAGUAGUACUGGGUCCAGACUCGGUAGUACCAGAUCCAGAUGAUAUCACGCAGAGCACACGUCCUGCAGUAGAACCAAGUCCAGAUGGUACCACGUGGAGCACACAUCCUGCAGCAGAACAGGGUCCAGAUGGCACCACAUGGAGCACACAUCCUGCAGCAGAGCUCCAUCCAGAUGGUACCACACGGAGCAUACAUCCUGCAGCAGAACUGGGUCCAGAUGGCACCACAUGGAGCACACAUCCUGCAGCAGAGCUCCAUCCAGAUGGUACCACACGGAGCAUACAUCCUGCAGCAGAACUGGGUCCAGAUGAUACUAUGCAGAGCACAUAUCCUGCAGCAGAACUUGGUACAGGUGGUACUGUGCAGAGCACACAUUUUGCAGCAGAACUGCAUCCAGAUGAAACCACACAGAGCGUACAUCCUACAGCAGAUUUGGCUCCAGGUGAUACUACUUGGAGCAAACAUCCUGCAGCAGAAGUGGGUCCAGAUGGUACCUUGUGGAGCACAUAUCCUGCAGCAGGGCUGGAUCCAGACAGUACCCCAUGGAGCACAUAUCCUGCAACAGAAGUGGGUCCAGGUGGUACCAUGCAGAGCACAAGUCCUGCAGCCAAACUGAGUCCAGAAGAUGCUGACCAGGACCUUGGCCUUGCUGAGGUCUCUGCUCACCCAACAGAGCCCCGCUCAGCCCACCUGCCUCAGCACCCAACUCUGAUGACAGCAGACCUCCUUGCCCUUGCAGUCCACCAGGGUCCAGCCUCCAGCACCCCCUUCCUGCGCCCCACAGGGACUCCCAGCAUCCAGAGCCCCCCAGCACCCACCCCACCUCCCACAGGGAUCCCCAGGACCCAGAGCCUUCCAGCACCCACGCUGAACCCCACCGGGACCCCUAGCACCCAGAGCCUCCCAGCACCCCUGCAGCACCCCACAGUGAUCCCCAGCACCCGAAGACCCCAGGCAUCCACCCACCCCGCCACCAGGAUCCCUACCACCCAGAGACCCCCAGCACCCUCACAGCACCCCAUGGUGAUGCCCAGCACCCAAAGACCCCAGGCAUUCACCCAAUCCCCCAUGAAGACCCCCAGCACCCAGAGCCCCCCAGCAUCCAUGCAGCAUCCCACAGGGACCCCCAGCAACCAAAGACCUCAGGCACCCACCCAGCCCCCCACCAGGACCGCCAGCACCCAGAGCUGCCCAACACCCAGCCAGCAUCCCGCAGGGACCCCCAGCACCCACACGGCAGCCACACAGCACCGCAUGGUAACGCCCAGCAUGCAGACACAGCAUGACCUUUCCCAGCGAACCACAGGGACCCCCAGUCCACAGGGCCCCCCAGCCCUUUCUCAGCACCCCACAGGGACCCUCAGCACCUCACAGGAACUCCCAGCACCCACGCAGCACCCCACAGGGACCCCCAGCACCCAGACAGAGCUUAUGCUGUCCCAGAGCCCAGCUGCAGAGCUCCCUAGCACUUGGACACAGCCAACCUCUAUGCAGCCCCCCACAGAGACCCCCAGCAUCCAGGGGCACCCAGCACCCACAGAGACCCCAACAGCAACCUCCAGCACCAAGAGAACCCCAGCAUUCACCGAUGCCCCUACAGCAUCCCCCAGGACUCAGAGCCCCCCAGCACCCAUCCAGCACCCCACAGCAUCCCCCAGCCCCCAGAGCCCCCCAGCACCCACCCAGCACCUCAUGGAAACCUCCAGCACCUGGACAGAACCUGCACCUAGUGAGCCUGCCAUGGAGACUCCCAGCCCCUACAUACAUGCUACCCCCUCUAACCACUCCAUGGAGACCCCCGGAAUCCAGAGACCCCCAGCACCCACCCCGCCCCCCAUGAGAGACCCCCACACUCAAAGACCUCCAGUACCCACGGAGCACCACAUGGAAAGCCCCAGCCUUUACAAACAUGCUGCUGCCUCCAAGCACCCUACAGAGAUCCCUAGCACCCAGAGACCCCCAACAGCCUCCCAGCCCCCCAUAGAGCCCCUGAGCAUACAGAGAGCCCCAGAACCCACCCAGCACCCCAUGGAGACCUCCAGCACCUGGACAGAACCUGCACCUAGUGAGCCUCCCAUGGAGACCCCCAGCCCUUACAUACAUGCUGCCCCCUCCAACCACUCCAUGGAGACCCCCGGAAUCCAGAGACCCCCAGCACCCACCCUGCCCCCCAUGAAAGACCCCCACACUCAGAGAUUUCCAGUACCCAUGGAGCACCACAUGGAAAGCCCCAGCCUUUACAAACAUGCUGCUGCCUCCGAGCGCCCUACAGAGAUCCCUAGCACCCAGAGACCCCCAGCAGCCUCCCAGCCCCCCAUAGAGCCCCUGAGCACACAGAGACCCCCAGAACCCACCCAGCACCCCAUGGACACCUCCAGCCUUUCCACACAGUCUGCUCCCUCCAAGCACUCCACAGAGACCCCCAGCUCCCAGAGCCUGCCAGCACCCACCCAGUACCCCACAGAGGCCUUCAGCACCCAUCCUGCCAGCACCUCGACAGACCCCGUGGUGGCUGGGGCCAUGCACACAGAUCUGGCUCCGCUGGCACAGGAGGUCACCUCGCCAGCUCUCCCUGCAGCAGGGGUCCCGGUGGCAAAGCAAGACAGGGCUCAGGUGGGGUCCGGGCGCUGUGUGUCCUGCAUUGCGCCCGAGCUGCAAGACCUGCUCCAGGAGGUGCGGGAGCUGCGCGGAGAGCUGCGGGAGCUUGCCCACGCCCAGCGGCAGGGCAGCCAGCACCUGGAGGCCAUCGCCGGCAGCCUGGCAGAGCUGUCCAGCUCCGUCCGCCACCUCCUGGGGGGCCUUUCCCUGUGGUCACGGGGCCGAGGGCCUCCCCCCUGCCGCCGGGAGCCCCCUCCGGCUCUUGGGCGGGGUGGCCCGGGGUGCUCCCCCCAGGCAGCAAGCGGCAUGGGGUGGCUGGACAGCCUUGGGCUGUGCCUGGCUCUGUGUUGCAGUGCUGUCGCCGGAUCUGAGGCAUUCGUCCGGCUGUCAGGCGGCCACUCGCCCUGCAGUGGGCAUGUGGAGGUCUACCAUGAUGGCCAAUGGGGCACCGUGUGCGGCCACGGCUGGGACCCGCUGGCAUCCCGCGUGCUCUGCCGGCAGCUGGGCUGCGGGCGGCCGCGGCGGGUCCCUGUGCAAUGCAGCGCCUUCGCGCCCAGCCAGCUGCCCGUAACGCUGAGCCAGGUGGAGUGCAUAGGGCAGGAGACAGCCCUGGAGCAGUGCAUCCUCCAGCCGGGGCAUGGGCAAUCCUGCCCAUCAGAUCAGCUUGCAGGCGUUGAGUGCCAUGAACCCUUCCGGCUGAGGCUGGUGAGUGGCCCCGGGCAGUGUUCGGGGCGCCUGGAGGUGUGGCACAACAGGACCUGGGGCACUGUGUGUGACGACGGCUGGACCACGGUCAACUCCGAGGUGGUGUGCCGGGAGCUGGGCUGUGGCGUGGCGCAGACCGUGCCCCACCUGCCGGUGGACUGGCCCCGUUUUGUCCCGGGCAAGGGGCCCAUCUGGCUGGACGACGUCCGCUGCAGAGGUCACGAGAGGAGCCUGAGGGACUGCGCUCACCGUGUCUGGGGGUAUCAUGACUGCACCCACACUGAGGAUGUCAGUGUGGUCUGCCAGGAUGCCUGACCACCACACCUCCGCCCCCAGGCCCAGCCCGCUCCUGGCAGCCACCUUGUCCCCCACUGGUGCAUCCCCUCUGCAGCCUCUCCAGGACAACGCUCAGUCCCUGGCUCCAGGAAGGACCCUCCAUAUGGUGGGCUUCCCCCAGAGCAGGCCAGCGAAGGGAGCAGGGGCUCCUUGCAAGAUCUGCACUGCGGUGCCUGCCUGAUACACCCCCCCACCUCCCCUCUCUGCCCCUACUAAAUCAUUAAACAUGGAGUACUCAG